AUGGCUUCGCUCACUCCUAAUGUCCAACAGGGCGACCGACGACUUCCAUACUCUCCUGUGCACUCGCCUUCGGCUCCGGUAAUCAUGACAGCGGCUAACGGCCACUUUGCCAGUGUCGGCGACGACGGCGACAAGCAACAGCAAUCCUUCGAGCACGGCAUCCAAGUCAUUGAUGAGAACAAGACAUUCAAUGCGAACCUGCCAGCAUACCUCGACGCCGAACAUGUCCUGCGCCAGGGCUUCAACUACCACCUCAUCUCGGUCUUUGGCAGCCAGAGCACAGGAAAGAGCACGCUGCUCAACCAUCUCUUCGGCACCCACUUUGGCGUCAUGUCAGAGUCGGAGCGCCGCCAGACCACCAAGGGAAUCUGGAUGAGCAAGAACAAGCGUGACCAGGCCGAAGGAGGCGCCGUCAAGAUGGCAGACAACAUCCUGGUCAUGGACGUCGAGGGCACCGACGGCCGCGAACGUGGAGAGGACCAAGACUUUGAGCGCAAGAGUGCCCUGUUCGCCCUGGCCACCAGCGAGGUCCUGAUUGUCAACAUCUGGGAGCACCAGGUCGGUCUGUACCAGGGUGCCAACAUGGGUCUGCUCAAGACCGUCUUCGAGGUCAACCUGCAGCUGUUCCUCAAGGACAACAACUCGACGCCUCGCUCGCUCCUCUACUUUGUCAUCCGCGACCACAUUGGCACUACUCCCAUGUCCAAUCUGCGCCAGACUCUUCUUGCCGACCUCACCCGCAUCUGGUCCACCCUCUCCAAGCCCCCUGGUCUCGAGAACUCCAAGAUUGAAGACUACUUCGACUUUGCCUUUACCGCUCUGCCCCACAAGAUCCUGCAGCCCGAAAAGUUCGUCGAGUCCGUCGCCAAGCUGGGCGAGCGCUUCCGCGAGGGUCAGAAGAGUUCUAGGACGAAUCCCUUCUCCGACGAGCAGGCCGAGCCCAUCUUGCUACCCGAAUACCACCGUAGAAUCCCUGCCGAUGGUUUCUCGAUGUACGCUGGCAACAUCUGGGAGCAGAUUGACAGCAACAAAGAUCUUGAUCUACCAACCCAGCAAGAGCUCUUGGCCCAGUUCCGAUGCGACGAGAUUGCUCGCGAGGUACUCGUUGCCUUUGACGAAGUCAUCACACCUCUUGAGUCCAAGCAAGUCGACGCUGCAAAGUCUGGCUCACCGAGCGUACUCUCGGGCCUCGGCAAAGCCAUGAACGGAGCUCGCGCAAAGGUUCUCAAAGAUUUUACCAGUGAGGCAAGCAGAUACCACCAGGGCGUCUAUAAGCGCAAGAGUGCUGAGCUCGAGACCAAUGUCGACGCAAGAUUGAAGGCUCUUUUCCAGGGCCAGCUUUCCGCCGCUCAUAAGACUGGUGUGCAAGAAUUCACCGAAGCUGUUUCUACUGCAGUCAAGUCUGGUCAAAAGAAGGGUAGCAACUACGACUUCCAGAAGAUUGUCAACGCCGAGAAGCAAAAAUCGCUUAAGAAAUACGAGCAGGAAGCAUCAGGUCUCGUCAUUGAAGGUGCCUCUUGGAGCAACUAUCAACAAGAACUCGACUUGUACCGCAAAGAUCUCGACGAAGCCAGUGCAAGACUUCGUAAGGAUGAGAUGCGCCGUCUUGCCUCUCGUGUCGAGCGCUGGGUCCGUUCUCACCUUGGUGAGUCUAUCGGUGUGCAAUUCAACAAGCUCGGUUCAGGCCGUGGUGGCUCCGGUGCACCCGAGACCGGCGAGAGAGGUUCCAUCGAGAAAGAUCUCUGGGAUCGCAUCUGGCUCGUUUUCACCGAGACCGUCAAGCACGCAGAAUCACGCUUCACCGAGCGCGCAAAGGGCUUCGAUGCUAGUCCCGAGGAAGUCGAAGUCGGGCUCUGGCGUCUGCGCCGCAAGUCUUGGGGUGUAUUGAGAGCCAAGAUUGACGAGGAAGUCAUGGAAGGAAACCUGCUCCUCAAGCUCAGAGAAAACUUCGAGGACAAAUUCCGCUAUGAUGAGGAAGGUGUGCCCCGUAUUUGGCGUCCCUCUGAUGAUAUUGAGGGUAUCUACACGCGUGCACGGGAAAGCACGCUUGAACUCAUUCCUCUGCUGUCUAAAUUCAAGCUUCAUGAGACAAAGUCUUUGCCGCCGCUUGAAGAGUGGAUUGGCCAGACACCUGCGGAGCUUUCGGCUGCUGACGAAGAGGACUUGCAUCCUAUUGGUGGCGUCGACGAGGAAGAUGGCAAGACCCUCGAGGAAGAAAUGACCGUCCUCAGCGACGCAAAGAAGCAGGAUCUCAGCGUGCGAUUCAAGAAAACUGCAGAUGGCGUAUACGUCGAAGCCAAGCGCAGCGCCAUCGGUGGCGUCACCCAAGUGCCCCUAUACUUCUACGGUCUCUUGCUCGCACUGGGCUGGAACGAAAUCGUCGCUGUCCUCCGCAACCCUCUCUACUUUGUCUUCCUCAUCCUCCUCGGUAUCGGCGGCUACGUCACCUACACACUCAACCUUUGGGGCCCUAUCAUUCGCAUGACCAAUGCCGCCAGCGCUCAAGGUAUCGAGGUGUUCAAAGAGCGUCUGCGCGAGUUUCUCGAGACGUCGGAUACAGGUCGCCAAGCCAUGGCCAUGUCUGGCAGCAAACCCUCUGAGCGCGAACAGUACAGGUAA